AUGUAAUAAAAACAGUAAUGAAUUCACCUCCUCUCUCUCUCGGUACCUUAUUGAUAGCAUGCUUCGUUGUCUGCCAUUACCAAUGUCAGGCAGCAGACACGGAUAAUCUCCAUGAUACUUGCCCAACAGAUACAACCCAAAAGACCGUCUUUAUCAAUGGCUUUCCAUGCAAGAAUCCAGGCAGUGUUUCGGCUUCUGAUUUUAAAUCCUCCCUGUUGAAUGACAAGGGUGAUACAGACGAUAUUUUUCGUUCCAGCACGACUCUGGUCACAGCUGCGGAAUAUCCAGGGCUCAACACUCUCAGCUUGUCAGUUGCGAGGACUGACUUAGAAGUGGAUGGCCUGGUAAUGCCACAUGCUCAUCCGAGGGCUUCUGAGAUGCUCUUCGUUAGUACAGGUGUGGUGAUUGCAGGAUUUUUUGAUACCAAUAAUGUCAUGUUCCGGAAAGUUCUUAGAGAAGGGGAUGUAUUCGUCUUCCCAAGAGGUCUUCUGCAUUAUUGCUUGAACAAUGGGUUUGAGGAUGCCACCGUUUUCUCGGUGCUGAAUAGCCAGAAUCCUGGGCUUGCAAGUAUUCCUGGUGCCGUCUUUGCACCUGAUGAUUCAGAAUCUAUGGAGAAAUUGAAACAGAGAUUAAUCUCCGUGUCAAGAUUGGACUAUGAGCGGCUCGAAAACACGACUUUCUUCUAGUGAACUUCGUAUUACAGCUUAGAAAAUGAUGUAUUUUUCUUGUAGAUGUGGAAAAAUCAAUUCCUUUUACCUUUCUUUGAGAAUUAUAGUAUGCAGUUGCUGGAUGUGAAUUUUGAUGUACAAAGAUGUCAGCAGAGUUCAAAAAAGUGC